AUGCUUCCAAUGGCUCUCUUCAAGCUACCUUCCUCAUCUCUUCCCUUCGCCAUCCCUCGCUCGCCCCUCAGUUCCAGACGAAUUCCGCCGCCCUCAAUCGUUACUGUUUCCUGCUCCAAAUCGCCGUCGCCUUCCUCCUCCUCCUCCUCGUCUCCCACCCCCACCGGCAACAGCGAGAGCAACGAGAGUGAGACGUCGACGAGCAGGAGAAGGAUAUCGGAGCAGUCGUCAUGGGAAGCUAAGGACUCCGAAGGCAAAGAUUACCUCUACAGAUUGGGGAAAGAAGCUGAUAACAUGAACAUUUCCGUCGGCGCUAGGGAUGGCGUCAUCGACUCUCUCUUCACCGGAACUUUCCUCGGCAGGGACUCGGAUAUUGUGUUCGAUUACAGGCAGAAAGUGACGAGGUCGUUCGAGCAUCUUCAAGGCGAUUACUACAUUGCUCCAGUUUUCAUGAUGAGCGACUUACUUCACUCUACUUAUGCAGUCUGUCACAUUGUAAAGAACUACAUGGCUCAUAUCCUGAACGUCAACGUGCCGUUGAUCCUAGGUAUUUGGGGAGGAAAAGGGCAAGGCAAAUCAUUCCAGACUGAACUUAUUUUUCAAACCAUGGGAAUUGAACCAGUCAUUAUGUCUGCUGGAGAACUAGAGUCAGAAAGGGCAGGAGAACCAGGAAAACUGAUUCGAGAACGCUAUAGAACUGCUUCCCAAGUGAUCCAGAAUCAAGGCAAGAUGAGCUGUUUGAUGAUCAAUGACCUUGAUGCUGGUGUUGGUAGAUUUGGAAACACUCAACAUACAGUCAACAAUCAAAUUGUUAUUGGGACUCUGAUGAAUUUGUCAGAUAAUCCUACGAGAGUCAGUGUUGGACAAGACUGGCGAACAGAAGAUAUCACAAACAGAAUCCCCAUAAUUGUAACUGGAAAUGACUUCUCAACUAUCUAUGCUCCAUUGAUUCGUGACGGGCGAAUGGAUAAGUUUUACUGGCAGCCUACACAGGAAGACAUAUUCAAUAUUGUCAAUAGAAUGUAUGAGAAGGAUGGCAUUCCGAAGGAGGAGGUUGUUAAGAUUGUGAACUCAUUUCCAAACCAAGCUUUGGACUUCUAUGGUGCUCUAAGGUCUCGAACAUAUGAUAAAGCAAUCUCUAAGUGGGUUGAAGAGAAUGGAGGCAUGGAAAAGGUUGGCCCCAAACUUGUACGACGGAAAAGGAACGAGGAACUCCCUGUUUUCACUCCGCCCGAGCAAACACUAGAGGCUCUGAUGGAAGCAGGUCACUCUCUCAUAAGAGAACAACAGCUAAUAAUGAAGACUAAACUCUCCAAGGAAUACAUGAAAAAUUCGGAUGAUUAG